AUGAGCUUCACCCCAGAGCCCUACGACCCCGUCACUGCCGACUCAUGGCUCGUCUGCGACACCUGCGGAACUCAAUUCCCAACGUCUGAUCGCAGCGCCCUCAAGACAUGUCACAUCUGCGAUGACCCGCGCCAAUUCGUGCCGGCGUCAGGCCAGUCGUUCUCUACGCUGGGGGACUUGAAGAAGAGGCAUACGAACGAAUGGACAAAGUGUUCUUCUGAUGAGAACAUCACGUUCAUUUCGUCGCAGCCGAAAUUGGCGAUUGGACAGCGUGCUAUUCUUAUUAAAACGCCGGAGGGGAACAUCCUCUGGGACUGUAUCACGUUGCUUGACGAUGAGACUAUUGAGAGGAUCAAGAGCGAGGGAGGGUUAAAGGCGAUUGUUAUAAGCCAUCCGCAUUUCUACAGCACCCACGUUCAAUGGGCUCGCGCAUUCAAUUGCCCAGUCUAUCUCUCCGCCGAAGACAAAAUCUGGACAACCCUCCCCUCAACGCACCAAAUCUUCCUCACGGCCCUCGAAACGCCCAUCAUCUCCAGCGCAAAGGCCAUCAAGCUCGGCGGGCACUUCCCAGGCUCCAUGGUGCUGCACUACAACUCGCGGCUGUUCAUAGCCGACACGCUUAUGACGACGGCGUCAGGCGUCGGGAACUGGAGUGUAGACGCCACGGGUGCCUCGCGGUCCCGACCGGCUGGUUUGAACUCGUUCUCGUUCCUGUGGAGCAUUCCCAACUUCAUUCCUCUGGGCGUCGGGGAGAUGGCGAGGAUGUGGGGGAUUCUGAAGGGGUAUGAGUUUAGGGCUACGCAUGGAGGAUUCAUGGGGAUGGAUAUUGAGAGUGAGGAUGUCAAGGAGAGGGUUUUGGAGAGUAUGAAGAUACAGGCUGGGUUUAUUGGGGAUAAGGAGUUUGAGGAGAAGCUGUGA